GUUGGGGGCGGGACCCUAUCUGAUGUGUUGUAUAAAUACGACACAUUUCACAGCAAACCACAAGACUGCCAGCACAACAUAUAUAAGACAGGAGUCCUCAUCUUUGGCAAGAUGGCAUUUGCUCUUCGCUUGUUGUUCCUCGUCUGUGGGAUCAGUGGACUGUUGACUGGAGUUCGGCCUUUGCCUCUGAGUCACUGGAAAAACAUUAAAUGUCCUGAAGACUGGACUCAGUUGGACUGUCACUGUUACAUCUACUUCAACACCCCAGAGACCUUUGUAGCUGCUGAUAUGGCCUGCAUUGCUGAGGGUGGAAAUCUGGUCUCCAUUCACAAUGAUCUGGAAAAUGAAAUCGUCGUUCAACUGAUUGAAGAUGGUGGUGGAACACAAGCCUGGAUUGGACUCCACGAUGCAAUUGUGAAUGGUGACUUCAUAUGGACUGAUGGCUCAAUUCAGGAUUUCCUUAACUUUGAUACGGACGGUGGGGAGCCUAAUGACGCUGGUCCUUGUGUGCUGAUUGAAACAGCAGACUCGCUAUGGCAGGAUGAAGACUGUACGGACACAAACCCGUAUGUUUGCAUCAUGGAUGUGUGCCAAGGCGGAGAUCCGAGCUCUCCAGACUGUCCGGGACCUUGAAUGCAGUGACGGUUAUGCACGGACUUGUCUUAUUUUUGUGACCGUUUUCCUUUUGAGCUUCUUCCCUUUGAUUUUUGACAAGCUCCUAUGGAAUGUUCCUGCUUGUCAUUUGUUUUCUUGUUUCUGGCUGGCGGGUCAACUGCUGGAAGGCACUCACUCUCACACCUGCAGCCGAUCAGCUCAGUUUAAAACCUCUACUGAUCUGCGAGCAGUCACCAGAUGAUUCCCACAUGCAGAGUGUGUCUCCUAUCCAGCCUCGCUCCACGUUAUCUCUACGUGUCUUUCACCGCCAAAUCCAAGGAUCGAUCAGAUCAUUCCUCUGCCUCAUCACCUGCUUCUCAGCCUCACCCACAACUCAAUCAACUCACUGCCACUUUUGCGAGUUCUUCGAACCUGGUUACAUGUUCCACAUUGCUGUCAUUAAACACUAACUUUGCUCCUAUACCGCCAUCUCCUCCUCACUCUUGAGUCCGCCACUUGUACGAGAUAUAGUUUGCCAGGAGACGUGGACUCGUUGAGACAUUAUCAAGCUUGUGCGGUGUUUUUGUAUUUCAGGGUUUACUAUCAUCUCUUUUCUUCAUCUUCCAUAAAGCUCUUGUCAUUGGCAAAUUUGUCCCGCCCCUGAGUAAGGCAUAAACAGUCGUGAGUGACACUUUAAAUGACUUGUUGCGGCACUGUGCCAUAUGAAAAGUCUCAAAAAAGCCAUUUCUGAAAAAAACACGGGAAGUCAGCGGUCGAUGGGCUCUCUGCAAAUUAAAUUGCGAAUAAGAGUUGUUAAAUUAGUUCAUGAUUCAGAUCAUUUAUUUCAUCUUAAUCAAUGAAAAUAAAGAAAGGUCCUUGGA